UCGCACAGAAAUGGCUGUUUGGAUUUGGACCCUGAGCAUUCUGAGCUUCUCUUCUUUGACCUGUGCAUUGAGGCCUAAGAAAUGGGAUUCGUUUCUGACCAACACAGAACUGAACCACCUGACGGUGAACCACAAAACAGGGACAGUCUAUUUAGGAGCAGUUAAUGCCCUUCAUCAGCUUACGGGAGACUUGAAACCCUAUCCGUCCGUGGGUGAGGUAUCCACUGGGCCACAACUUGAUAACAAAAUGUGCACACCUCCCAUUGAUGCAAACCAGUGUACUGAAGCAAAAGAUACUGACAAUUACAAUAAGAUAUUUUUGCUGGACACACAAGAGGGACAGAUUGUGGUUUGCGGGAGCCUGUUUAAGGGCAUCUGUUGCAUAAGGGAGCUUGAGAACAUUUCAAAGAUAGUUUACUAUGAGAACGGCAGCGGGGAGAAAUCGUUUGUUGCAAGCAACGACGAGGAGGUAGCCACAGUGGGGCUGAUCACCUCUUUGAAAAAAGGCCGAAUGAUGUUUGUGGGAAAGGGAAAUGGACCAAGUGACAAUGGGAUCAUAAUCAGCACUCGGCAACUUUUCGACGGGGAUGGGAAAGACAUUUUUGAACUGUAUGCGGAGCCUGCUGUGAUCAAAUCGACGUACCCUUCUUCAAGCACGCAGCAGUUUCUGUACAUCUUUGAAGACAGCAAAUAUGUGUAUUUUAUUUUCAAUCAGUAUGAAAAGCAGCCUCUUAAAAACCGGACAGUAAUUGGGCGGCUCUGCAAGGAAGAUGAACAGUACCAUUCCUACUUUGAAAUGGACUUGGAAUGUCAAGAUGCCAGUGGUCCUUACAACCAGUGUAACGCUGUCUAUGCCUCUGUGCCUGGGCAGGAUCCAACACCAUCGGAGCAAGAGGAUGGUGCCUCGUCAGAGGACAAAAUGCUAAUUGCACUUUUCAGGAGGAUCAACAAAGACAAUAACUCCGUGGAAUCUGCCAUGUGUGUGUUUUCCUUGGAGAAGAUCAACCAAAAAAUGGAGGAAAAACGGGAGCAAUGCUAUAUGAAGGAUAAACGGAACGUGUUUUACAAACCUUUCCGAACAGAAACCGCUCCGUGCACUUCUCAGUCUCACCCGAAUUCAAGCCAAGCCUUUCCAUGUGGUUCUGAACAUUUACCAUACCCUCUGGGAAGCAGAGAGGGAAUUACUACAGAACCUUUAUUGAAGAAGAAGGGUAUAGACUUAACUGCAGUGACCUUUGCCGUUGAGAACACGCAUACAGUAGCAUUUGUUGGGACAUCGGACGGCAGAAUCCUGAAGGUGUUUCUGUCGAAUCCUGAAAAGGAAUAUGCUGGAGUCCUUGUUGAAAAAAACAAGCCUAUCCAGAAAGAUCUCGCUCUAGAUGCUCUCCAAGAGAACUUGUAUGUGAUGACUGCAAGAGAGGUGUUUCGCUUGCCUGUCCAAGAAUGUACGAGUUACUCAACCUGUGACCUGUGCAUUCAAGCCCGGGAUCCGUAUUGCGGCUGGUGUGUAACAGAGGGAAAAUGCACGAGGAAAAAAGACUGUGCAAGAUCAGCUCAGGAAAACCACUGGCUCUGGAGCCCAGAUGGCAUUUGCCUGAAUAUUACAAGUGCUUACCCUCAAAAUAUGAGCCGGGGAGCCACAGGCAACGUGGAAUUGACUCUCAGCCCUUUCCCAGUUUUAAAUGGAGAUGACCGGCUUUGGUGUCAUUUUGGGGAAACGAGGCGUGAGGCGGUGUUACAAGAAGGGACUAUUACCUGCGAGCCUCCUGUUGAAAUCCCUCCAACGACAAAAGGCCAAGAUUAUGUCUUGGUUCUACUGCGUCUGACCUUUGGUGAUAAUAUAUUUCUUGCAUCGGGUACAUAUCCUUUUUAUGACUGUGGAGAAGCUAUAAACCGUAUUGAAAAUGAACCGUGUUAUUCCUGUGCAAGCAGUAGAUGGAAUUGCCAGUGGGACUGGAAAACCCAUAAAUGUGAGGACUCUUCUUCAAAAACAGAUGUGAUUCAGCAAAAUAUGGCGGAAAAAUGCCCACACUUUCUAGAUCCUAACCCUAAAAUAAUACCCAUGGAAGUCUCAACAAAAGUAUCUUUUGAAGGAAAGAAUCUGGAUUAUUAUGAGGGUAGCGAUUUCAGAAUUGGAAACAACCACAUUCAGUUUGAGACCAAAGUGGAAAAAGCAUCUGAUGGAACUUUCUUUUUUCAAAUCCAACCGAGUCAUGUUGAAAAUGAAACACUGCCACUUAGCUUAUACAUUAAGACGGAUCAAGGCAAGAUUGAUAGCAAACUGAUUGUGACUCUAUACAGCUGUUCCUAUGGCCGGAAUGACUGCAGCUUGUGUCUCGCAGCUAAUCCUGCGUAUCGGUGUGUCUGGUGUGACGACAGCUGUGUUUACACUGGCCGGUGUGCUGCUGCCACUACCACCUGCCCUCCUCCAGUCAUUACUAUGAUUGAACCACGUAAUGGACCACUGAGCGGUGGAAUUUUGUUGACCAUAAUGGGAUCUAAUUUGGGCAUAAAUGCUGAAGAUGUCAAAAGUAUAACAGUGGCAGGCACUGAAUGUAUAUUUAGAGAACAAUUCUACUCUGUUUCUACCAAGAUUGUAUGUGAGGUUGGAAGCGUGCCAGAAGCAAAAGAAGGUGAAAUUGAAGUUGAUGUAAAUGGACAACAAGGCAGAUCAACAAACGAAGUGCAGUUUACAUAUCAGGAUCCUGAACCUACAGGAAUAAGUCCUCAAAUUGGUACCAAAGCUGGAGGGACGUUCUUAACUAUCAGUGGCACAAACCUGGACACUGGCUCUAUUCAAGAUGUUCAAGUUUACCUCGAUAAUGUACCCUGUCAAGUUAUCACAUUCGGGCAAGAAAUAGUUUGCGUUACUGGACCAAAUAGCAAGGAAGGGCCUGUUCCUGUAACAGUACGGCAUGGAAGCAAUGAAAGAAGGAUAGAAAACGAACCGUUUACCUACAGUGAAAACCCUACAGUUAGCAAGAUCACACCUGAAGUCAGCAUUUGCAGCGGAGGCCGAAAUAUUACUGUCGUUGGAGCUGGUUUUGAUAUUAUCCAGCAUUUCUCUGUGAAAGUUAUAUUUAAGCCUUUUGUCGAGAGAUCAUCAAGGAAGAGGAGGAAGAGGCAGACAGAGGAGGUACAAAAGUUUGAAGGGAAAACCAUCUCAAAGAUCAAUGACACCACUCUAGUCUUCUUAUCACCACCGGUGCUGGAGGACCCAGAAAAUUACAGAAUUACUGUGGUUCUCCAAAUGGAUGGUCAUCAAGUGGGGAAAGACUUUCAAUAUGUUGCUGAUCCAACCUUUGAAAACUUCACUGAUGGUGUCAAGAAACAAGUCAAUAAACUUAUUCACGCAAAGGGCAGCAAUCUCAACAAAGCUAUGACGUUGGAAGAGGCGCGAGCAUUUGUGGGAGAGGAGCCCUGCGUCAUCAAAACCCUGACGGAGAACGAUUUGUACUGUGAGCCACCUGAAGUGCAGCCGCCGCCCAAGAGAAGGCAGAAGAGAGAUACGGUUAAUAACCUGCCAGAAUUCAGCGUGAAAUUUGGCUUCAAAGAAUGGAUCCUAGGAAGAGUGGAGUAUACCCAAGUGAGUGACAUACCACUAGGCUUGAUCUUGCCAUUGGUAUUAAUUCCCAUGGUGGCUAUUAUCAUCAUCUCAAUCUUCUGCUACAGACGGCAAAGCGAACAAGCAGAACGAGAAUACGAAAAAAUUAAAUCACAACUUGAAGGCUUGGAGGAAAGCGUCAGAGACCGGUGCAAAAAGGAAUUUACAGAUUUGAUGAUAGAAAUGGAAGAUCAGACAAACGAUGUUAACGAAGCAGGAAUUCCUGUGCUGGACUACAAAACAUAUACGGACAGAGUCUUCUUCCUGCCAUCCAAAGACGGAGAAAAAGAUGUCAUGAUCACGGGGAGGCUGGAUAUUCCUGAAGCUCGACGGCAAACCGUAGAACAGGCACUGAAUCAAUUCUCCAAUCUGCUCAAUAGUAAAUCAUUUCUCAUUAAUUUCAUUCACACAUUAGAAAACCAAAGAGAAUUCUCUGCCCGUGCAAAAGUGUAUUUUGCAUCUCUCUUGACUGUGGCUUUGCACGGGAAGCUGGAAUACUAUACGGACAUCAUGAGGACAUUGUUUUUGGAGCUGAUGGAGCAGUACGUUGUGGCCAAAAAUCCCAAACUGAUGCUCAGAAGAUCAGAAACUGUGGUGGAGAGGAUGCUUUCUAAUUGGAUGUCAAUAUGUUUAUAUCAGUACCUCAAGGACAACGCAGGAGAACCUCUUUAUAAGUUAUUCAAGGCUAUCAAACAUCAAGUGGAAAAAGGCCCUGUGGAUGCAGUGCAAAUGAAGGCCAAAUACACACUGAAUGACACCGGUUUGCUGGGAGACGAUGUAGAGUAUUCACAACUGACUGUGAAUGUGAUUGUACAAGAUGAAGGCACAGAGUCCGUACCUGUAAAAGUGCUCAACUGUGAUACUAUUUCACAAGUGAAAGAAAAGAUCAUUGACCAAGUCUAUCGAAAUCUGCCUCAUUCGCACUGGCCAAAGCCUGAUAAUGUCGUUCUUGAGUGGCGUCCGGGCUCUACUGCACAGAUACUCUCCGACUUGGAUUUAACGUCCCAAAGAGACGGCAGGUGGAAACGCAUCAAUACCCUGAUGCACUAUAAUGUACGGGAUGGUGCUACUCUCAUCUUGUCGAAAAUGGGGGUCUCCCAACAGCCAGAGGACCAUCAGCAAGACAUGCCAGAGGAAAGGCGUGCAUUGUUGGAAGAGGAGAAUAAGAUCUGGCAUCUAGUUCGGCCGGCAGAUGAAGUUGAUGAAGGCAAAUCAAAAAGAGGAAGCAUGAAAGAGAAGGAGAGAACCAAAGCUAUUACAGAAAUCUACCUGACAAGACUCCUCUCUGUGAAGGGUACACUUCAGCAGUUUGUAGAUAACUUUUUCCACAGCGUACUUGACUCAAAGCAUGUUGUGCCACCAGCUGUGAAAUAUUUCUUUGAUUUUCUUGAUGAGCAAGCGGAAAAGCAUGAUAUCAAAGAUGACGAUACUAUCCACAUCUGGAAAACGAACAGCUUGCCGCUUAGGUUCUGGGUAAACAUACUGAAAAACCCCCACUUCAUCUUCGAUGUUCAUGUUCACGAAGUAGUGGAUGCUUCCUUGUCAGUUAUUGCACAGACUUUCAUGGAUGCUUGCACAAGAACAGAGCACAAAUUAAGCAGGGAUUCUCCGAGUAAUAAGUUACUCUAUGCAAAAGAGAUCUCGACGUAUAAGAAGAUGGUGGAAGAUUAUUACAAAGGUAUUCGCCAAAUGGUACAAGUGAGUGACCAGGACAUGAAUACACAUUUAGCAGAGAUUUCUAGGGCACACACAGACUCAUUAAAUACCCUUGUGGCUUUACACCAGCUCUACCAGUAUACCAACAAAUACUAUGAUGAGAUCAUAAAUGCACUGGAAGAGGACCCAGCUGCUCAAAAAAUGCAGCUUGCUUUUCGAUUACAACAGAUAGCAGCUGCUUUAGAGAAUAAAGUAACUGACCUUUGAUUUGAAAGCUGCAAUAAAGAAGACUGAUCUGGAUGUGUAAAUUCAUUCUUCCUAAUAAGGAAAUAGUGUUCUAUUUUUUAAUGUGUAAUUACAACUUUAAAUGAAAAACAAAAGAUUUUGGUUUUUUUAUAGCAAAGCUGUAAUGUAAAGAGUUUUUACUGUAAAUUAUGCUUCUAAUUAAAAUCCUGUGUUGUGUGUAAAUGAAUUUUCAGUGGGAAAUGAGGGAAGUCCUCUGGGGUGGGGGAGGGUAAAGUUAUAGCUCAUUUAAUCAAAUAGUACAAUCUUGAAGCAUCAGCAUUUUUAGAAUUCAUUACGCUAGUUAAAUUCACUACCUAUAGCAUUCUUUAUACUUUUUAAGCAAUAUGUGUACUAGAAAAGUAAUAGCAUAUUGGAAAAAUAAAUGCAAUAUCCCUCUUUUAAUUUCAGUAAUUGGAAAUAGAUUUUCUUCUUAUUCUUUUUUUUAAAAAAAUAAAUCCAGUUGUCCUGUGUUCUGCUCAUAAUGAGUAGAACGAAAGACACAUUUGCUAUGACUUUUUUUCUGUUUAAGACAUUGCAGUGGGUUUGGUACUAUACACCUUUACAUAUCUGAAAACCAAGUGCUAAAAACAGUGGUUGUGACUGUUUCCCUCCUACUCACUUUGCCAGGGUCAAAGUGGACAAUACUGUAGAUUAUUUGGGAUGGACUGAUCCUUUAACUAGGAAGGUGCAUGUAUGUCCCCCUAAGAGAAUAAAUCUUAACCAUGAUGUAUGAGUACUUUUGCAUGGUAUUCAGUGUGCAGAGCAUGCAAGGUACCUAACGUCCUCAGUACGCCAAGAAUACCAGGUACUUCCAAAUAACUAGUGCACCGCUGGCAAAGCAACAGCUGGGAAUGAACAGUGGUUUUGUCUAGGUUUCAGCAAAGUGAUUGUUCGCACUUGCUGACACUGUUGCUGCCACAUGAAUUCUGAAUCACACACUGAGGGAAAAUACCCUGGGAAGAGCGUGUGUUCAGCCAAAGCAAAGCCGGUUUUUGGCUGCAUAAAAGUGCAAUUUGAUGCUUUUGUUGUGGGGGAAGCAAGGGAAUGGUAGCAUAUCACGAUUAUCCAAGACCCAGAAACAUCUGGAUCUGGCAAGUUUGUAGACUUCCCUACAGAGUUGCAAGACUUAUCUCUUAUCAUCCCUGAUGGAAAGGACCGGUGGCAAAUUCUAAUUUGAUUCAGAAAUCGUGGCAAAUAAAAUUGGCCUUUUUUUUCUUUUCUUUUUUAAAUGAUAGUUUUAUUACAUAUGCUAAUGUGCCUUACUUGUACUAAUUAUAUGGAUCUGAAUGGUUUUGUAAAGAGAAUCGUAUCAAAAAUAUUUAUGUGUGGUUUGAUGACUUUUUUGUGAGAAAAUUGACCAGCAGAAUGCCUGUAAUUAGCUUAUUGCCAAUAGUGUGCUGUUUGACAUGAUUCAAAUAUGUAUAUCUUUUGUUGGAAUGGUUCAUAGGAUUUUUUUAAAACAAAUCUUCACACUAUCCAAGGGAGAUUGUUAUUUGGUUUUUGUCUGUGUGUGUUUUUAAAAAGGGGGGGGGUGGAAUCUGUGUUGUUAAUGUAAAAUACUCAUUGUAAGGAAAUCCUGUGCCCCGUCUAAUCUAAACACCACUUGAGCCUUGGAAUGCUGCAAUGGAUGGAAUAAUCAUCAUUAACCUAGCUAUGGAAAUUAAAGUAACUCGUCAAAGAUGUAUUGUGUGUUUACAAUAUUAGUCAGCUUCCAGGCCAUUUGAUAAAGCUUGGUACGUUAUCUUAAAUUGCUAUGUUGCACAAAAAAAAGAAAAAAGAAAGCAAUCUUUGUUAGAUUCAUUUUUUACCAUACUUCUGGGGCAGUUCAUGUAGAACUGCCAUCAAAACGCUCAUUAUCUUUUUGGUGUUGCUCUGGUGUUUUCUGUCCUAUGACACCUUAAAACCUGCUUGGCUCCUAACACAGUAACAGACUUUCAGUUUGCUACCUCUCUCUCCCUGUACUGGAGUUAUCCAAAUUUGUUGCCUUCAUCUUCAUCGUCAGAUGUAUCGGUAAGUCUCUUCCUGAUUUCUUUUGGAGCAAGUCACUAGUAAUGGGAUUCUCAUGGCUACUGUGGAAGUCAGCCGUGAAUUCCAAUAGAAGUAAAAAAAAAAAAAAGGGAGGCAGUAACAGGGUGUCACUUUUCAUAUCUUUCCUUUUAUGUUAAACAUUUGCUUUCAUCUAUAUGCGCUUCCUCAGCACACCUGGAAUGUAAGGAACUCUGAAUAGUUUGUAUCAGUUUUACCUAAGAAUUCUGUGUCAAAUUAUGCCUCUAUACUUGCCUUCUGUCUUCUGAUCAGCAAAGGUAUCCAAACUUGCUAAUCUGUUUUAUCUUGUCAUUAUUUGUAAAUCCUGUGAAUUGUAAAUCAAAUACAAUCUUUUUUCCACAAAGUGUAA